UUUCUUUUCAUGUGAUUUCGUGUUGUUAGUAUUUCGUCGAAAAUUAAAAGUCGUCUUAUCUUCCCGGGUUUUAUCCACAACAUUAUAUUUAGGUGAAUUUUACGGUGGACUCUUAUUAAAAUGGACACUCACAAUUUGCCGUACGUAGCGGAAUAUGCGAAAAGUAAUCGGGCCUCGUGCAAACUUUGCAAGAACAAAAUCGACAAAGAAGAACUGCGCCUUGGGGCGAUGGUACAGUCGGCCUUUCACGAUGGGAAACAGCCUCAGUGGUACCAUGAAAAGUGCUUCUUCCAAAAGCUACGUCCUACAACGGAGGGCGAUGUGGCCCAUUUUGAAGGACUGCGCUACGAGGAUCAGCAAAGGGUUCGCGAUAAGAUUGCCGCUCUUAGCAGUGUAGUGGUUGCGGCACCAUCAGGAAAAGGAAAGGGUAAAGGCAAAAAGCGAACAGCCGAGCAAGGAAUGGCUCUCAAGGAUUUCGGUAUCGAGUAUGCAUCCUCCGGGAGGGCAAUGUGCCGUGGGUGCGAGAUUAAAAUUUUGAAAGAUGAACCUCGGAUCAAAAAGGUGGAUUACACCACCGAGAUCGGUAUGAAGUACGGUGGACAGGCACUGUGGCAUCAUAUCGAAUGCUUUGCACAGGUGCGCUCGGAACUUGGUUAUUUCGAGACAGGUGAAAUGCUGCCGGGAUUUCGUUCGAUGAAGAAGGAAGACAAAGAGAAGGUGAAGAAUUUACUACCGGCCAUCAGUGUGGCGGAAAUUCCCGCCAAGAAAUUGAAAGCUGAGCCUAAGGACGAAGCAGACUCUGCUCAGGAAGCGAUUGAUGAGAAGCUCUAUUCCGCGCAAUUGAAAGCAUUUUACAAAAUUCGCGAUAAACUUAAGGAUCUUGAUGUGAAAAAGAAUGAUUUGAUAAGUAUUUUGCAGCGUAACAAGCAGUCGAUUCCCGAAGGCUUCGAUGCCUGUAUGGAGCGAGUGUGUGACAUCUUGACCUUUGGCGCACUACAACCUUGUCCCAAAUGCAACGGACAGUAUGUUCUGCAGAAAUCUGCCUACACAUGCGAGGGUAAUCUUACGGAAUGGGUUAAAUGCCUAAAUACGGAUAAGAAGCCGCCACGUGUUGCUACGAAGGUUCCGUCGGAAAUUAAAAAAGCGUUUCCCUUUUUGGAAAAGUACAAAUCUGUGGUAAGCGAUAGGGUAAUCAAGUACGUACCACCCAGUCUAAAUACAACCAUGAAAAAGGUCAAGAAAGAAGAAGCCCUGGAGCCAAGGGUUAAGCGUGAGAAACCACCGCUUUACAAUCUUCAGUUUGUGAUUCUUGGUAAGACAGUGACUCCGAAGGAUGAACUGAAGGACAAGAUCCAAAAGUUAGGUGGCAAAGUAUCAACAAAAAUUACCAACACUAUCGCGGCUAUCAUUUCCACACCGCAGGAGGUUACAAGAAUGGGUAGUCGCAUGCAGGAAGCUAAAGAUAUGCAAAUUCAAGUGGUACCGGAAGAUUUUCUAGAAGAUUCCAAGGCCGGCGGUGCACUUUCCUAUAUUACCAGUAAGUCUAUUUGCGAUUGGGGCUCGGAUCCGCACAGUCGUAUUCCGCAGGACGAGGAAAAGUCCAAGUCGAAAAAGAGUAUUUACACCAAGUCGGUUCCGUCGAAGGUGACCCUGAAACUCAAGGGCGGUUUGGCCGUUGAUCCCGAUUCUGGUCUGGAUGACGAGGCACACGUGUAUAAGGACGGGAAGCAGGUUUACAAUUGCGUUCUGAAUAAAAUCGAUAUUCAGACGGAUAAAAAUUCGUUCUUCAAAAUGCAGGUGUUGCGAUCGGAUAAGGGACAAAGUUACUGGUUUUUCCGCUCCUGGGGUCGCAUCGGAACAACCAUUGGUGGCAAUAAGCUGGAAGAUUGUGCCACUUUGGUCGAUGCGAUUGCUUCGUUCAAGCAUCACUUCAAGGAUAAAACUGGCAACUCGUGGGAGUCAUACUGCAGCGGAACAAUCGAGAAACGAAACGGUUUGUACUAUCCGGUAGAUAUCGAUUAUGGCGAUGAGAAGAGCAAAAAACUGACCCAAAACAACAACAUUAAAUCCAAGCUGGAACCUGCCGUGCAGGAUUUAGUGCAAAUGCUGUUCGAUGUCGACACCAUGAAAAAGGUGAUGUUAGAAUUUGAGCUCGAUAUGGAAAAGAUGCCACUGGGAAAGUUAUCCCAAAACCAGCUUAUGUCGGCGAUGAAGGUGCUGAAUGAGAUUUCAAAUUUGAUCGUGGAUGGUGGCAGCAAUGCGCAGUUUAUUGAUGCUUCUAAUCGAUUCUAUACCUUGAUUCCGCAUAAUUUCGGAGUAGAAACUCCGACAAUUUUGGACACUGUCGAGCAAGUCAAGGAAAAACAGGACAUGCUGGAAAGUUUGGUUGAGAUUGAGAUUGCGUAUAGUUUGCUGAAUGCUGAAACGGAUGAAACUGUAAGCCCGCUGGAUGCUCACUAUGAUCAGUUGAAAACAGAGAUGCAAACACUUAAACGAGAUUCGGAAGAGUUCAAAGUACUCGAGAAGUACGUGAAGAAUACGCACGCUGCAACACACACCGCGUAUGAGUUGGAGAUUUCCGAAAUAUUCAAAAUCAAACGCAAAGGCGAAGAACGUCGCUUCAAACCAUUCAAAAAGUUACACAACCGCAAGCUAUUGUGGCACGGAUCACGUCUAACCAAUUAUGUUGGAAUAUUAACGCAUGGAUUGAAGAUUGCUCCGCCAGAAGCUCCGGUCACUGGUUACAUGUUUGGUAAGGGUAUCUAUUUCGCUGACAUGGUGUCCAAGUCGGCCAAUUACUGUUGCACAAGUUCCCUGAACUCAACCGGUCUUAUGUUGUUGUGCGAAGUGGCUUUGGGUGACACUGUAGAAUACACUAACGCUCACUACGUAACGAAGCUACCCACUGGUAAGCACAGCACCAAAGGUGUGGGUCGCACCCAACCGGAUCCAAAUGAUACGUAUGUUCGUCCAGAUGGCGUCGAGAUUCCGUAUGGCAAAGGUGUCGUUUUGGAAUCAAAACUACAAACAUCGCUGUUGUACAACGAAUAUAUUGUAUACGACGUGGCUCAGGUCAACUGUCAGUACUUGUUCAAAAUGAACUUCAAAUACAAAUAUUAGAGCCACAUCAGGUGAGUCUGUUUUGAAUCAAAUGAUAUUAUCCUACGCGUUACCUCCUACACAUUCGAAUUCCAACAAAUAACUGUUGAUACCUAAAAAGAAGUAAUUUUUUACAUUUAUGUUUUUGUUUGAAACAUGUCUUUAAAUUUAAUUCAUUUUCAGUAACAUGCAUUUUCUGCGAUGAUAUAUGUUUAA